AUGCUCGACUUCUUCGAGCCAAUCGACGAAGCUAUUGUAAGCUUUGGUGAGACGGUCUUCGGGUUCUUCGGAUCCAAUAGGAAUAUAGCAGAUAUGAACUGCGACAUUCCUCCAAUCAAAUUCUGGAUAGAUUUGGAGGGCGUAGAUGUGAUAUACGUCGUGGUAAUCGAUGUCGAACGUGUCCUCACGAUACUUCUGGAUAAUAUCUCUGAUUAUCCAGCGAGCUUCUCCGCCCUGAUGCUUCCUUUCCUGGACGUAGUUGCAGAAGUCGCGAACCACGUGUUGGUGAACGAAGGAAAGCUUGAAUUCCGCUAUGUCGUUGCGGAGGGAUUCGAGCUUGAGUAUGAGAUGCUCGAGGUCGAAGAUGUCGUGGUCGUCAAGCUGAUGAUGAUAUCGUUUGCAAAGCGCAAGGCCACCAAGGCAGAAGAUCCUUACACCAGCUACAAACACCUUGAGACCAACAAGGAGCGAGGAAGACUUCUCACUCUAGCAUCCUUAGGUGCAUCCUCUACAGACAGACAGCGUGCAACGGCCAGGUCACACCUCCUGCUCGAAUGCUACAAGCCCAGAAAAGGACGCCUCACUACAGGCGGUCGAAGGCCAAGACCACCUCCAGAGAUCAUCACCUCCAACGCUGUUCCCCCCAUCAUUGUUGCUCCACAGCCAGUGCGACCCCUUCCCAACUUUGUUAAAGUCAACACACACGCACGACCCAUUCACCCUCUUCCGUCCAAAGUCAGGCCCACCCUCCACAUUGAAACACUCAAGAAGCAGGUCUCAGCUACCCGCUUCAGACUACAACCAAUAUUAGGAGCAUUCUGCGAGAGAAUUGAGCAGGACAAACGAAAGAAGGUACAACUCCUCGCAUCGGAGUUAGACAAAGUCUGCGCAGACCUUUACAUGGGGACUCGCGAAUACACCUUCGUCGACACACAGGUCAUCAACACGUGCUGCCUAAAAAUAGGCAAGAUCAACUUCAAGGAGAUAGGGAAGCAGCAGAGGUUAGACGAGAUCGUCAGGGAGAUUGGGAAAUUUGAGCAUCUAGAAGAUGCGCUCAGACAGUCCGCUCCCGGAGAAGUCCCGGACCACAUCCGCGAAUGGGUUAUUGUCGCAAUGAAGCUCAUGGUCAGUACCGAAGUUGCCAAGGUCUACAAUGUGCUCAGAAACAAGAUGUACGAGCACAAGAAAGCCUUCGAGUCGCUGAUCCAAAACAACAAGAGCAAACACCGACUCAAAGAGGGAAUGCUUCAGACGGAGAUCGGGAAGCUCAAGGAUAGGAUCCUCACGCAAGAUGUGCAUAUGACAGUUUUGAACAACGAGCCCUCGGGAAUCCAGGUGGCAAUGCUCGAUACAGGCAAAGAAAUGAUGGAAAUUAAGGCAGCUAACGUCAAGCUGCGACAUGAGCUAGCUUCGCUCAAAGCAAGCAGCGCCACUGUAAUGCAAGGUCAAACGUCCGGCACGGUCCAAUCGCACAAACCCCACAUCAAAAUUGCUGAGCCUCCACACUACUCGGGCAAAGGAAGUCUGGAGGAUUGGCUCUAA